AGCCGUGGCAGCUGCUCCUUUGGCUGGCACCGUUACCCCCGCCCGACCCCAGGCCCCGUGCGCGCUCCACGGAGCAGUCCCGUCUGCGCUCGCUCCCCGCUCUCUGGCAGCUGUGUCUGGGGCUCGAACGCAAAGCGAUGGACGCGGCCAUCAGAAGCUGACGCAAAAAAAGCAUGUGAGUGGCUCCAUGCAAUAGGAUUCCCUCAGUAUGUUCAGCUUUUUGAAGAAGGUUCGUUUCCACUGGAUAUUGGCUCUGUGAAGAAGGACCACAGUUUUCUGGACAAGGACUCUUUCCAGGCUCUGUGCAGGAGGCUGAUGACCUUGAACAGUUGUGCCUCGAUGAAACUGGAGGUUCAUUUUCAGUGCAAGCAGAAUGAAGACUCAAAAGAGGAAGAGCAGUGUACCAUCAGCAACCCCUGGACCUUCCAGUGAGAAAGUAAACACUGGUCUCGAUUGGGCUCCCCUGACCUCUUGGCCCCACCAAGCCCUGGCUUACCAGUGACCUCCAGCUGUGAGAAUGUCCUUACUGAGCUUAAUGCCAACCCAGCUACCACUGUGAGCCUUCCUCACAAGCCAGCAGACCUGACCUUGCUAGGCCAUGCCCCCAGCCCAAGUGACCAGCACCUCUUCAGCCCCACAUGGGCCCAAGAGGGUACAUGGGAAAAAGCCAAGAAGCAUCGUUCUCAUAGCUUCCUUAAGCACCUCGAGUCUCUGAGGCGGAAGGAAAAGGGUGGCAGUUGGCAAACAGAGCCUAAGCGGAGCCCAGCCACCUUGGAGAAGGCCACCAAAGCCUCCUCUUUCUGCAGUCACCAUGGCUUCCUCUCUGCUGGAUUCUAUAGGGCCAAGAACCGGGUGGACACCUCAGCCCAUGACAGUGGCACUGUAACUCAGAGGGCCUGGGUGGGCUGGCCUGUGGCCAUGUUCUGGCACCCUCAGCGGGUAAACUGAGAUGACUGCUUGGUGCAUGUGCCUGGGGACCACAAACCAGGCACAUUCCCUCGCUCCCUGUUCAUUGAGAGCCUGUGUCCUGAGGAUGGACACUGCUUGGAAGAUUGGCAGCCAGGUAGGCGCUGGGGCUAUGAAGGAUGCCGGGGCUCCUGUGGCUCCAUAGGCAGCCAGGCCAGCACCUAUGACAACAUGCCCAGGCUGUGCCCAGCUGAGCCUAUACUGGCUGUGGCUGAUGCUGAAGAGGGGGAGGAUGGGGCCAGCUAUGCCCACCUAGAUGACACCCUCCAGCAUGUGUGGGGGCUGCAGCAGCGGGUAGAGCUCUGGUCUCAGGCCGUGUACCCAGACCUAGGGCCUGGAGACAAGGAGGAGGAAGAAGAGGAAGAAGCCAUUUCACCAGUAGAGAUAGUCACAGUUGAGGUUGAAAUGCAGACUGAAGCUCUGGCACAGAUAGAGGCUCUGGCCCACAGAGAGUCUGCAGCCCCUGGCCAGGCUGAUGUCCAGCCAGUCGUCCCAGUUCAAGAUCAAGCUCAGGCUGCAGCCAAGGCUGAGCCCUUGGCACAGGCAGAGGCUGAGACCCCUGGCCUGUCCCAGGAUAAUGAACAUGCAGUGAUUUCAGGCAGAGAACCCACCUCUGCCUCCAGCCUGUCUAUGGAGGAAGGACACUCCACUUCUGACUCUGUGGCCUCCUCCAGUUAACUGGACGGUAGUGGAAUCUCCAUGAAUGAGGUUGAAGCCAGAGGGUCCCAAUCUGGACUCCAGGAAUCAGUAUCCCAAGAACGAAGAGAUUCAGGCAUUGGGGCUUCACUUACCAGACCCUGCAGGAAGCUCCACUGGCACAGUUUCCAGAAUUCCCACCGGCCCAGCCUCAACUCAGAAUCCCUGGAGAUCAACCGGCAGUUUGUUGGCCAGAUUCACCUCCUGCACAAGGGCUCGCUGCUGCGGCUCACAGCCUUCAUGGAGAAGUAUACUGUGCCCCAGAAGCCAGGCUGGGUCUGGUCAGUGCCCAAGUUCAUGAAAAGGAAUAAGAAUCCAGACUACUGGGGCCAGCAUGUGUUUGGGGUGCUACCCCUCAUCCAUGUGCAGCACACAGGCCAGCCUUUACUACAGAGCAUUCAGCAAGCCAUGCGCUACCUGCGCGGUCAGUGCCUGGACCAGGUGGGCAUCUUCCGUAAGUCUGGGGUGAAGUCCAGGAUCCAGACCCCGUGCCGAGUGAAUGAGACCUCCCCUGACAAUGUCUGCUAUGUGGGCCAGUCAGCCUAUGAUGUGGCUGGCCUGCUGAAGCAGUAUUUCCGGGACCUGCCCGAGCCUAUCUUCACCAGCAAGCUCACCACCACUUUCCUGCAGAUCUACCAGCUCCUCCCCAAGGAUCAAUGGUUGGCAGCAGCACAAGCUGCAACCUUGCUGCUCCCUGAUGAGAACUGAGAGGUGCUACAGACCCUGCUCUAUUUCCUAAGUGACAUUGCAUCUGCUGAGGAAAACCAGAUGACAGCUGGCAACUUGGCAGUGUGCCUGGCACCCUCUGUCUUCCACCUUAAUGUCUCCAAGAAGGAUAACCUGUCACCCAGGUGAAACAGGGCAAGGUGUGGCAGACCAGGUCCUAGGGACCUCAGUGAGAACAUGGCUGCCACCCAGGGCCUAUCACACAUGAUCAGUGACUGCAAGAAACUUUUCCAGGUGCCCCAGGACAUGGUGCUGCAACUGUGUGGUUCCUACAGUGCGGCUGAGCUCAGCCCUCCCAGCCCAGCCCUGGCUGAGCUGCGGAGGGCCCAAGCUGCUGGCAUAAGCCUGAGCCUCUACAUGGAAGAGAGCAUCCAGGAGCUGCUACAUGAUGCUGCUGAGCGCUUCAAGGGUUGGAUCAGUGUGCCAGGGCCUGAGCAUACAGAGCUGGCUUGCAGGAAGGCACCAGAUGGGCACCCUCUGCGUGUGUGGAAGGCAUCCACUGAGGUGGCAGCCCCUCCAGCUGUGGUACUACACCGUGUUCUGCGGGAGAGGGCCCUCUGGGAUGAAGACCUGCUGCGGGCCCAGGUGCUGGAAGCCCUGAUGCCGGGCGUGGAGCUCUACCAUUAUGUCACUGACAGUAUGGCCCCCCAUCCCUGCCGCGACUUUGUGGUGCUCCGGAUGUGGCGCUCUGACGUGCUUUGUGGGGGUUGCCUGCUUGUCUCUCAGUCCCUGGAUCCUGAGCAACCUGUACCAGAGUCAGCGGUGUGGGCGCUGAUGUUCACUUCCCAGUACCUCAUGGAGCCUUGUGGCCUGGGCCACUCCUGGCUCACUCACAUCUGUCACGCUGACCUCAGGGGCCGUUCUCCUGACUGGUACAACAAGAUCUUUGGGCACUUGUGUGCCAUGGAACUGGCCAAGAUCCGGAACUCCUUCCCUACCCUGCAGGCAGCUGACCCUGAGACAAAGCUGUGAGCCUUAGCCUCGUCCCAGGGUGGUACCACCCAGCACUCUGGCACCACAGGGAUAAAAGGGGUAUGAGAGCACAGCAGCCCCCAGAUGUUCCUCCCAGGGGCAGAGCCAGGCCCUGGCAGCUCAGCUGCCUGUCCCCCUAACUUCCUGAAGCUCCUCUACACAUACAGGGCAGGAAAAGAGCAUUUCAGCACGCCAUCUCCACUCCACCUUUGCCCCUCAAAUUCGUGUUCUACUCUCCUGAGAGAGGAGCCAUUUUAAAAGAAAGAAGACUGCUGCCACCCUCCAGGCCUGCAGAGCAACUGUCAAUCUGAAGCCUUCCUGGCACCAAGUCCCAUCCUCCCCACCAAUCAGGAGGGAGGGCAAGAGCAGCGUGUGCUCCCAGCUCCAUCAUCUGAGAGGCCAAGCCAUCCUGUUUGGAGCUAGGCUCCCUGUGAGGAUGAACAGAAGGUCCUGGUCCUGCCUUUGGAUCCAAUGCUGGCCUUGAACUGAUUUUUCCAGAGAAACUGGACUGGAGUGGGUGGGCACAGGGGCAGACAGCCCACCCACCAUGAGCUGUUUUAUUUGUGUAAACUGCUGUUAGAUGAGGCUGAUUUAAACACUGGGCACUGAUGGGCCCCUAGCAGGUGACAGGAUGAGUUGGGAUAGCUUGGGAUGUGAGAGUAGAGGGACCUUCCUUUCUCAGAUUGCAAGAGCCCAACGAACCAGGCUCCCUUGGUGUGGGCUCCACACUUGACCCACCACUCCCUGUGUUCCCAUGGCCUUGGCCAUGCACUACCAUGUCUGGGAAGUAAAUGUGCUUGGCUCCCACCACACAGGCCAAGCAAAAUCAGAUGGUGGUGAAGAGACACAUCUUUUACUGCGCUUCCUGCCUGCUGUAGCGGGCCGACAUAACAGCCCUGUCUCAAACAGAGACCUGGCCCCUGGCCCCUGGCUAAGGGGCUUUAUCCAAACCUGAUCUGUCACAUCCACUGCCAUCUUGGUUCAUGUGGAAGUUCAAAUGCCAUUUAAAUUCCAAUUGGCACUUUAUUUUUGUUUCAGCUGAAGAAAUUGGAGUGGGAUAGGUCCUGGCCAACGUUUUAAUUUUUAAGCCUAUUUGUACCUAUAAAUACUGUACAGACUAUAUAUAUGUAUUUGUGUAUAUAUAGAUACAAAUACACACACACACACACACACACUCAUCUAUAUACGUAUGUAUAUUCUGUCAUGGGUGUCCUAUAAUCUGGUUAGGACCAGGGGUCUGCAAAGCCUUGGGGGCAGGGCACUUGAGAUGGGGGAGGUGGAAUUCAGGAUCCAUGUGACCCCUCAAGCAGAAC